AUGGUGUUCGACAUCACCACGUACCGGCCCGCCUCGAAAACGCCGCCUCAGCCGCUAGCGCGCAGCGCGACGGACGCGCUGCGCGCGGCCGAAGGCCACGAGGAAGCAGCGGUGACGGCCGGCAUCUGCCCGAGCGGCGGGCGCCCCAACGGCCCCUCAGCCGGUGACCUGGUGGCCACGGGCGUCCUUGUCGGUGCACACCACGUCGUUCGGCGCGUUCUGCGCCUGCGCGCAGGAGUACUCCAGGCUGUCCAUGAGCUGGAGGAAGGACGUGUCCUGGCCUCGCGGCGCCCACGACGGCCACACGGCGAACGGCUCGCUCACGUGCUGCCCGGAUGGGUAUCGCCAAGCGGUGCCGCUUGCCUCCCGUGGAUCCAGCCAGCACCCGCCGAACAAUAG